AUGGCAGACGCCACUCGCAAGCCCAAGGUGCUUAUCACGGGCUGCUCUGAGGGCGCACUAGGUGCCGCCCUCUCCAUCGCGUUCCACAAAGCUGGAUAUCACGUCUACGCGACAGUCCGCGACCCAGCCAAAAUGAAGGGGCUCGAGUCGCAGGGUAUCGAGACGCUGGUGAUGGACUCGCUAUCCGACGAGUCCAUUGCGACGUGUGUCCAAAAGGUGCCCUCGCUCGACAUGUUGGUCAAUAAUGCGGGCAGGACAUACGUCAUGCCCGUAGUGGACGUCAAUAUUGCAGCGGCCAAAGAGGUCUACGAUCUCAACGCUUUCCUCCCUCUGCUUCUCAAGUCUAAGGGGACCGUCGUCAACCAGACAUCAGUGAGCGCCAAUCUCAUUCUGCCGUUUCAGGCCGCCGCACUGGCCAUGAUGUCUGACACUUUGCGGCUCGAGCUCGAACCCUUGGGUGUCAAGGUUGUUGAUCUCCGCACCGGGGUGGUCAAGACCAAUCUGAUCAAGAACAUGCAAGAAUUUGGGAGUGCCGCACUCCCAGAAGGAUCAGUCUAUGAACCGGCGAGGGAAGCUCUGGAGGGUGUUCCUCGCCAAGAGAAAUCUCAAGAAUCCGGCGUGCCCCGUCAGCAGUGGGCAGAUGCCAUGGUCAAAGAGCUCUCCAGAAAAUCUCACAACAAGUUUCUCUGGUCUGCGGAGACAUCGUUCGUUUGCCGCUUUUUGUCACUGCUGCCACACAGGUGGGCGGAUGGGUUGAUCAAACAAGCGACGAGCCUGGACUCCAUUGCACGAAUCCUAGGCAAACAUCAACGAAAUCGCUGCGUACUAUAA